CCACCAGGGAGGGCUCUGGUUACCCAGCUUUCUGUCCAAUCACCAUCAGCAAAGAGUUGGAGACUGGGGAACAUAAUAAAAACAGAGGAACCACGGAUAGGAUGGAUAACAGAGCCUCAAAAGUGUCUCUGGGAUAAGAAUAGCAAGAAGGAAAGAAUGGACAAAAAGAAAUAUUAACAGAGAGAAGAAGAAGAAAUGCCAAGGGGUGGCAGGUAAUACGUACAUAUUACAAGAGUGGUUACAUCAUUUGUGCUAAGUAACAACAAAUUUGCCGGUCAUCUUCAUGAGGAUUUACAAAAGGUCAGCCUGUUGAGAUUCAAAGAUGCUUCUAUUUAAAGGCCAACUUAAAACUGGAUUGAAAACUAAGAUGUGAAUAAAGAAGAAGGUCUGCAAAGAGGCAAAGGACAGGAAUAAAUCAAGCAGACAGGAAAGAAGUCAUGACUAGUUCUGCAUGGCCCCAGACCAUGUCUCUUUAGGAUUCAGUAAACCCACAAGUAAUUGCUGGUAGGACAAACAGGAUAAGGUUUGUGAAUGCAUUGAGAAACAGUAAUAAUGAUGGAGAGUAGGAGAGGAAGGGAGUGAGUGAGUCAAGAAAAAAAGGAACUGGUGGGAUCAAGGUGACGUCAGCAGCUCACUGGAUUGAGGUAUUGAGUACUGCUGAUUUUAAUCUGAGCUGAUUAGGAAACAGAAAAACAGAGCCUUGGUAAGCUCUCUUGAGAGAAAGACUACAUGAGGAGGCUUUUUUUUUUUUAAGGAAGAGACACAACAGACUUUAUCACCAAAAGAAAACUCAAAUAACUAACAUAUAUAUAUAUAAGAACAAAGUAAGUUACAAACAAACAAUAGAUUGUUUAGGAGGAUUUUGUAAACUUCAUGCUUGAGAAUUAGCUUUUUAGUGACAAACUAGUCAAGACAGGGAGGAGAGGUAUUUAUUUUGAUAAUUGGUUUCAUCUCUGGACUUGUAUUACUCUGUUGCUUUCACCUGAGUUCUACGCCACAAUGCCUAUAAACGGCAAUAAAGCCCUCAAGCUUCAGUUUGGGCUGAUUAAUUAUGAAAAUCGCUACCUGACAGCAGAGGCUUUUGGAUUCAAAGUGAAUGCUUCAGCUCCAAGUCUCAAGAAGAAGCAAAUCUGGACACUUGAGCAAGAUGAGAUUGACGGCCAAGUGGUGUACUUGCAGAGCCACCUGGGCCGCUACUUGGCUUCUGACAAAGAUGGCAAGGUGAGCUGUGAAGCUGAGACACGGGAGAAUGUCUGCAGGUUCAUAAUUGUGGCACGGUCAGAUGGCCGCUGGGCCUUGCAGUCUGAGCCACACCUGCGCUUCUUUGGAGGGUCGAAAGACCACCUAUCCUGCUUUGCUCAGUCCAUUGGUGAGGCAGAGCUCUGGACUAUGCACCUGGCCCUUCACCCACAAGCCAACUUGCUAAGCGUGGCCCGCAAGCGUUAUGCUCAUCUGUCUGCACCUGACAGUGAAAUAUCUGUGGACAGCAACAUUCCAUGGGGUGUUGAUGCUCUUCUAACUCUGGUUUAUGUGGAUGGCAAGUACUGCCUAAAGACAAGUGAUAGCCGCUUCUUAAGCAAUGAUGGGAAACUCUUGGUUGAAAAUGGCCGUGGAACUGUAUACACAUUGGAGCUGAAAUCAGGCAAGUUAGCCUUUAAGGACUGUGAAGGAAAGUACUUGAGCCCAAUGGGACCAACAGGUACCCUACGCUCAGGACGCUGCUCCAAACCAGGCAAGGAUGAGUUGUUUGACCUAGAGGAGAGUCAUCCACAGGUGGUCUUUCAAGCUGCCAAUAACAGAUUUGUCUCCAUUCGACAAGGGGUGAACAUCUCCGCAAAUCAGGAUGAUGAAACAGACAUGGAGACUUUUCAAAUGGAGAUUGAUAGAGAAAGUAAAAAGUGCAAAUUCAGGACAAAUGAAGGCAACUACUGGAUGCUUGUAGCUCAUGGAGGCAUCCAGUCCACAGCCAAAGAAGUAAGUGCCAACACCAUGUUUGAUAUUGUGUGGCUUGGACGACGUGUGGCACUACAAGCUAGCAAUGGGAAAUAUGUAUGCACCAAAAAGAAUGGACAACUUGCUGCAGUUAGUGACUCAAUAGGUGAGGAUGAACAGUUCAUUCUGAAGCUGAUCAAUAGGCCCAUCCUAAUUCUCCGGGGUGAGAAUGGAUACGUGUGCCAUCACAAAAACUCUAACACACUAGAUGCAAACCGCUCAAUUUAUGAUAUCUUCACAUUACAAUUCAGUGAUGGGGCAUACCAUAUUAAAGGUGCAGGAGGGCAGUUCUGGUAUGUGUCCAGCACUGGCUUGGUGUGUUCAGAUGGAGACACACCUGAAGACUUCUGCAUUGAGUUCUUGGAGCAUGGCCGCAUUGGAAUAAAGGGCAAAAAUGGCAAGUACCUGCGUGGAGACCAGGGCGGCACACUGAAAUGUGAUGGAGAAACAGCAGAUAGCUCAUCUCUCUGGGAAUAUUGACACCUAGUGGUCAUUUUAGGGACAUUCUAUCUCCUGCCUCUCAAAAACCUUGUUUUAGGUUAUUAUGGGGCUCAGGGGUAUUUUUAAACAUGGAUUGUUGGAAUAAUACACUUGUGAGCUAAAACUGAUGUUUUCUUUGUAUAUAAGCAUUUGUCAAUACUUUCUCAAUAGCUAAAUGCUAAUCUUCCAGAUUUUGACUGUGAUAGAUAGUAAACCAAAGACUUUUAACAUGAAAAAUUAAGUUUUUAAAUUGUUCUUAAUAUUUCUGAGAUAUAAAGUAUUAUGUAGCUUAAUGUAGCUUUUGCCCUACAUUUACACACUACAUGUUGAUUUGAAGCACUGUUUAAUAAUGACCUUUUCAAAAAAUUUGUACAGUCCUAAGUUGGUGUCUGCCAAAAGGCCUUAACCAAUAUUGUUCUUUCUGAUCACUUCCUCUAUGGGCUUAUUUGCCUUUAUAAUUUAAAAAUAAUAAUAAUAAUAAAAAAAAAUUAUUGCCAAUCGUUAAACAAAGGGUAGUGUAAGUACUGCUGUUGCAAAGUGCUGUGUCUGGAGUGUAGCACUAACACGAAAAUGGUUUUGUUAAAGGGCUUGUCAUAAUUUUCUAAAAACAGCAUGAUUAAAUUGCUACAGAUAAAACUCAAAAUUAUUACUUCCAUCAACCAUCUGGUCUUUCACCCUGUAACUAUAUUUAAGAUUUCUGUAACUGUAUGCCAUCUCUGUUUUUCCUCUCUGAUUAUGAAAGAAUAAAAAGCUUUGUGUGGG